CCUGCAGGUGGAGGCUGCCUACUGCUGCGUGGCUGAGCUCGGGGAGCUGGGGCUGGUCCAGUUCAGAGAUCUGAAUGUGAAUGUCAACAGCUUCCAGAGAAAGUUUGUGAAUGAAGUGAGAAGGUGCGAAUCCUUGGAGAGGAUCCUGCGUAAGUAAACGCUUGUCAAGUGCAAUCGGAUUCCUGCCAGCUGGUGGUGUGGGAUUCAGUUCUUCAAGAGCUCUCACACUGGGGAGCAGAAUUAGUGGCAAAAUGGUGAUGUUUUCAUCUGAGCCCCUGUAAAUGUUUUCCAUGCAUCAGCUAAUUACCACUUCACCCCAUAUGAGCAAUAAAUUGUUGCCCCUGUUUUGAAAAUGGCCGACUGAACUGAAAGGAGGUUGAUAAGCUUUUAUAGAAUCACAAGAUAAACCUGGGGCUGAGCAGGAGGCUGGUCCAGAUAACCUGACUCUUACAUCAGUGCACCAGCUGUUGGCAUGCACUUCUUGUGGCCAAGGGCUUGAGCCUUGGGAUAAAUCCUUAAAACCCAAGCAGCAGAGCUCAUGAUUCCCACUGUCCUGUGGAUGUGUGUUCUGGGAGUUCUGCACUCUCCCCACCACAACACUGGUGCCCAUGGUGGCAGCACUUGGCAUUGUUGGGCAAAGCAGUGGAACCUGAGCUUUCUGUGUGCCUUACUCACUGCCCCAAAUAAAAGGGGCCAUGGUGGCCACUUGUGCUGAGGCUGAGGGCUGCCCACGUGGGAGUGGGUACCAUGCCCUCAGAAGAAACAGCAUCUCCACUGAGAAAGAAGGCUGGGGGUGUUAACUCCUUGGUGGCUGUGUAUAUGCCCUGGGGUGAUGGCCUUUGUAUAUCACUUAAUCUUGUCACACUGCCACAGGAUGCCUUGGUCCUGGCUGAGCAACAAGCUGAUGACCAGGAUGAUGCCCCAGGGAUGCUUCUGUGUGGAGAUUUCUGCUCUUUCCUUGCAGGUUUUCUGGAAAAUGAGAUGGAAGAUAAUGUUGAGAUAGUCAAAGGAGAAAAGUACCCAGAGACACCCCUGCCUCGGGAAAUGAUUGAUAUGGAGACAGUGCUGGAGAAACUUGAAGCGGAGCUGCUGGAAGCCAACCAGAACCAGCAAACACUGAAGCAGAACUUCCUUGAGUUGACAGAGCUCAAACACCUGCUGAAGAAAACCCAGGACUUCUUCGAGGCAGAAACCAAUCUGCCAGAUGAUUUCUUCAGUGAAGACACAUCUGGACUGCUGGAACUGAGGAGCACUCCUGCUGCUGCAGCUGCCAAGCUGGGAUUCACAGCAGGGGUAAUAAAGAGGGAAAGGAUGAUCCCCUUUGAGCGUUUACUGUGGCGAGCCUGCAGAGGAAACAUCUACCUGAGGUACACAGAAAUGGACACCCCCAUGGAGGACCCUGUGACAAGAGAAGAGGUGAAGAAGAAUGUGUUCAUUAUCUUCUAUCAAGGAGAGCAGCUUAAACUAAAAAUCAAGAAGAUUUGUGAUGGAUUUCGUGCCACAGUCUAUCCUUGUCCAGAGUCCGCCACUGAGCGCCGAGAAAUGCUUGAUGGAGUCAACACAAGGAUCGAGGAUUUAAACACAGUGAUAACACAAACUGAAUCCCACCGCCAACGACUGCUGCAUCAGGCAGCAGCCAACUUGUGGUCCUGGGGGAUCAAGGUGAAGAAGAUCAAGGCCAUCUACCACAUCCUGAAUUGCUGUAACAUCGAUGUCACCCAGCAGUGUGUCAUUGCAGAGAUCUGGUUCCCAGUGGCUGAUGCUGACCGGAUAAAAAGAGCUCUCCAUCAAGGAAUGGAACGCAGUGGCUCCACGAUUGCCCCCAUCCUCACUGCCAUACACACCAAGAUGGCACCACCCACCUUCAACAGGACCAACAAGUUCACAGCUGGAUUUCAGAACAUCGUGGAUGCAUAUGGUGUGGGCAACUACAGGGAGAUGAACCCGGCUCCCUACACUAUUAUUACUUUCCCCUUCUUGUUUGCGGUGAUGUUUGGGGACUGUGGCCACGGCGCUGUCAUGCUGGGCUUUGCACUCUGGAUGGUCAUUAAUGAGAAGAGCCUUCUGGCCCAGAAAAGCACUAAUGAGAUCUGGAACACCUUUUUCAGUGGACGCUACCUGAUCCUGCUCAUGGGCAUAUUCUCCAUGUACACUGGCUUCAUCUACAAUGACUGCUUCUCCAAAUCAUUCAACUUCUUUGGUUCUUCCUGGCAUAUCAUCCCCAUGUUUAAAAAUAACACUUGGAAUAAAGAUGUGCUUCUAGAAAACACAGUGCUGCAGUUGGAUCCAGCAGUCCCAGGAGUCUACUCUGGAAAUCCAUAUCCAUUUGGAAUAGAUCCGAUCUGGAAUGUUGCAUCGAACAAGCUGACUUUCCUGAACUCCUACAAAAUGAAGAUGUCGGUUGUCUUAGGGAUUGUGCACAUGAUUUUUGGAGUGAUACUCAGUCUCUUCAACCACAUCUACUUCAAGAAAUACAUAAACAUUAUCCUACAGUUCAUUCCAGAGAUGAUUUUUAUUAUCUCUCUUUUUGGCUACUUGGUCUUCAUGAUUAUUUUCAAAUGGUGUCAUUUUGAUGUCCAUUCAUCCCAGAGUGCACCAAGCAUCCUCAUCCACUUUAUCAACAUGUUUCUGUUCAAUUAUAGUGAUACUUCAAAUGCUCCAUUGUAUCUGCAUCAGAAAGAAGUGCAGAGUUUCUUGGUCAUAUUUGCUCUGAUUGCUGUUCCCUGGAUGCUCCUAAUUAAACCUUUCAUCCUCCGAGCCAACCACCAGAAAGCACAGCACAUGAUCCGUUCUCAAGCCAUCUCAGGAGGUGAAAAUGAGGUAGAUGUCCCAGAGACCAAUCACUCCAAGAAAGUCUCCCAGGGAGACCACAGCGGUGGCCAUGAAGGACAUGACGGUGAUGAUGAAGAGUUCAAUUUUGGAGACGUAUUUGUCCACCAAGCUAUCCACACCAUUGAGUACUGCCUUGGCUGCAUCUCCAACACAGCCUCCUACCUGCGACUCUGGGCACUGAGCUUGGCCCAUGCACAGCUGUCAGAGGUCCUCUGGACCAUGGUGAUGCACAACGGGCUCAGCAGCAGCGGCUGGGCGGGUCUCAUCGCCAUCUUCAUCAUCUUCGCAGCAUUUGCAGUGCUGACAGUGGCCAUCCUGCUGGUCAUGGAGGGGCUCUCGGCCUUCCUACACGCCCUGCGUCUGCACUGGGUGGAAUUUCAGAACAAGUUCUACGUGGGAGCUGGGUACAAAUUUUCUCCGUUCUCCUUCAAUCACAUCAUCAAUGGCACUGCAGAAGAGUAAAACCAGUGCAUCACUGCUUCCCUCCUCAGACCAGGCUCUGUUUCCUUGUGGUGUCACACCCACAGAGUAGGGUACACAGGAUGAAAGAGACUGGGACGUGGCCCUUGAAAGAAGAUCUGUAGAUGAACGUGUCCUAGUACAUUCUGAUAUACUGCUGUAUCAUUUAAGAGCUGACCUAUAUCAGCUGGGCUGGCUGGACCCUUAGCUGAGACUCCAUUGAUGUCUGCCAAGCACCUCAGCACUUUGAUGGGGUCAGCUGCCUACUGCUUGGUUGAAAAGAGGAGAUGCAGCUUUGGAAUUAAACUGGUUAUUAACAAUCGA